UUUUGCGAUCGAAAUUUUCCAAAAUAUACUCUAAGAGUUAAAGUGUCUCAUCGGUGGACGUUCCCCCGGGAAAAGUGCGUCGGUUUGACAUUCUGUUCAUACAAGUAAAAUUAAGAAUAAUUCAUGCUACUGUACGUGUCUACGAUAAUAGUAGAAUUUGGAAAACGAAAAAAAAACGUGAAGUGUAAUCGUUUGUGUCAUGGUGAACGUGACGAUUCAACCGUAGAUCAUCGUCCCACUUAUCCGCGACUGAGACACACGACGGGAAAAACUCUCGAUUUUUAAAAAAUUAAAUGGCAAAAGCAAACGAUAGAAUUCCUCACACGACGAGAAAUCAUCCGAAAUGUUAACAAACUUUUGAAAUUGGAGAAUAAGUCACAUAAUCUCGAGGCGUGGCCACACAAUGAUCUUUGGGUCUGUUGUUAAUGCAUUUUACGUGUAUGUAUUAAAUACAAGUUUUACGGAAUAUGGUAGGGGAAAAACGUAGUGUUUAAGAAACAGAACCGACGCCGUUCGCCGGGCUGAAAAAUUCCGAAGGUACAAGACUUAAGAGUGUGCAAUUGGUAACGACGGAAUAAACACGAUUCGAGUGACAGUGGAGGAGAGUUUCGAUUUUAUUUCCGUUCCGACUUUGUUUUUUCAUUCAAAAGAAAUGACACUUUUACCACCGACUGUCAAGCAGCAGAAGGCGAUUGAUGACGAAAUACCGCCAAAUCCUGAGAUGAGGAAGAAGGACAUCCAGGCGAUUCGAGAAUGGCUAGCUAAACAACCACAUUUACCAAAAGACAUGGAUGACGCUAGACUGGAAAAAUUCCUAUUCGGUUGUAAAAAUAGUAUCGAGCGUUGCAAAUUAAUUCUAGAGCGUUACUUCAGUGCCCGAUCAGCUCUACCCGAAUUUUUCGAAAAUCGUGAUCCUCUCGGUCAUGAUAUCCAAGAUUGUUGCGACGCUGUGCAAUACUUUGUUUUACCAUCGUUAACUGACGAAGGCCAUCGUGUGACUGUUUUACGACUAAAAGACAGAUCGAUUGAUAGAUUCUCCAUCCAAGCAAUCACGCGUCGUAUUCUAAUGGUAAUGGAUUCACGUUUAGUCGAGGAGUCAUGCCUCUCCAAUGUUAUGGUCUUAGAUCUUCAGGGAUGGACUGCUGCUCAUUUUGCAAAGUGCAGUCCGACACAAUCGAUUGUGAGAAAAGCAAUGCUUGCAGCCCAAGAUAGUAUGCCACUGAGAUUACAUAGAGUUUAUUAUCUUCAUGCGCCUGCCUUCAUUGGCAAUAUCCUAAAUAUUUUCUAUCCACUUCUGAAGGAAAAGCUAAUACAAAAGUUUCGAAUACAUACGGGAGGUGGUGAAGAGCUCGCCGCUUACAUGAAUAAAGACAUUUUACCGAAUGAGUGGGACGGUAAAGCCGGCACAUUCGAUGAACUGAAUGACGCGUGGAGAAAGAAAAUUGAGAGGAACCGGGACUGGCUGUUGAGAGAAGAGAAACUCAGUAGAACAAACGAAAAAGUCAGGCAAACAACAUCAUCAUCAUCACUCAGGACCGAGUUAGGAGGUAUUCAAGGGUCUUUCAGACAAUUAAAUAUUGAUUAAGGUAGUACAUUACAAUUAGCAUAGUUUUCUACGUAUAAAAUUCAAUUUUCCCAAGAAAUUAGAGAUCACUUACCGGACAAGGUGUCUCACCUGAAAGAAAAUAAGAUUUUAUUUAACUUCAGGACGAAUAUAUCAUCAAAAUGAAUUCUAUUAUGCCACUGAAUAUUCAUAUUCAUGUUUAAGGCGCCUUGGUGAAUAUUAUUAUUCCACUGACUCGCUUACCAAUCGGGCUUACCAAAUGUAAACAAUAAAUAACUACAAAAACGAACUAAAAAAGAUUCUAUCCUGUUGAGAAAUAAGUACUAUCAAGUGAUUUAAACAUCGAAAGUAAUAUUUUAUGAAUAGGACAUAAAUGGCAAGUUAUUGGACUUCAAAAAUUAUUAUAUUAUGCGGAGAGAAAUAAUUAAUAAAAAUUACAUAUCUUUUCUGUAA